AUGAGCAACAAACCCUUCAACGAAACUGCCCGGAACCUCCAAUUAGACGAGACUGCAGAAGAAAACGACCGCUAUAUCUUAUGUGGCGAGCUCCAAGAUGACGAAGGCGAGUGGGUUCCCGCUGAAAUAGAUCUAGAUCAAGUCUUUGGGGCAUCUGAUGCACCUGCCCAAGUGGAGUGGGGUGGUAGAGACUUCGCGAAACUAGCGGACUGUGUUGUGUUCGAUGUCAAUCCUAUUCCUGUUCAGACGACAGAGGAAGAACGUUAUGAUCAGAUACAGGAAAGGCCAAUGUUGUACGUGACAAUCUCGGACGAGUGGCGUGGACAGGUCGACGCCUGCGUGGACUUGAGCGAUGGAAUCGUGAAUAAUAAUGGCCAGUUUGAGCUCCGGUUAGACCAGAUCCCUCAUGAUCAAAGGAUUGUGCGCGGUGAUUAA